CAACACGCGCUGCUGUUGCCGGGCAACGGCUUGUAAACAAGAUGGCGCCGCCCGGGCGACCCCUUUUCCCUCCAGGGGCCCUGGCGGGAACGUGUUAAACACAACAAGCAGUACCCCACUUCCCCCCGCGAGCGGCCCCGAGUCCCCCUCCACCAUGCCGCGGCCGCAGCUUCUCAAAAGCGGCCUCUCCCGGAGGAGGAUCCCGAUGGAGCGGGGCGGCCUUGGCUUCCAGGAGGAGGCGUCCACCUCCCCCUCCGUCGCCUUCUCCCUCAACCCCUUCGAGGAGCGGCUCCCGCGGGAGUCCGACAGGGAGGCCAUGACGGAGCAGCCCAGCCUCAGCUGCAGCCAGGAGGAAGAGCUCGAGGAGGCCGAAGAGGAGUCCACCGAAUCCGAGCCUGAGCCCGAGCCCAUGGAGGAGGAAUUUGAUGGUGUUCUGAGAGAAGAUGUUAUCGCUGAAGCCCUGCACAAACUGGGACGCUCAGCCCCUGGCACAGAACAUGUCUACCUCAACCUGUCACUUUCAGAUCAGAGUUUAAGUAACAUUGAUAUUCUCUCCAAAUACGUCCACCUCGAGAAGCUGGAUCUUUCCUACAAUAAAAUUAAUGAUCUUUCUUGUGUCAGUCACUUGCCUUACCUGCUGGAGCUGGACGUUUCCCAUAAUGAACUAACUACGUACUUUGACUUCAGCCCACCUAAGAAUCUCCAACUGGUGGAUUUUUCAUACAACAUGAUUCCAGAGAUGCGAGAUCUUUCUGCCUACCAGGCACUUACGAAGCUCAUUUUGGACAAUACAGAUAACAAUAUCGAGGAGAUUCAAGGCCUAGAGAAGUGCCACAGCCUGACUUAUCUUAGCCUGGCAAACAACAGGAUUUCGGCUAUUGCUGGCCUGAAAAACCUCCCAAUCAAAACCCUCUGCCUGAGGUCAAACCAUAUAGAGAAGGCUGCUGGCUUGGAGGAUCUGAAAGCUCUCCGGAGCGUGGACUUGUCUAGCAAUCAGAUCAGCAGUCUGGAAGGUCUGGAAGAGCACAAUGUACUCGAGGAGAUCAACCUAGAAGAUAACCAGAUCACUGAGCUGGGCGAGCUGGAAUACAUCGAAACCCUGCCUCUCCUCAGAGUGUUAAAUCUGUUAAACAACCCAGUGCAGCAACAAGCAGAUUAUUGGUUCCUGGUCAUUUUCAUGCUACUUCGACUCACAGAACUGGAUCACAAGAAAAUCACAGUGCAAGAAAAGGUUGCAGCUGUGAACAAGUAUGACCCACCUCCCGAAGUGGUGGCUGCCGAAGAUCACAUGACUCACGUUAUGUACAGCAUGAUGCAGCCACAGCGGAUCUUUGAUAGUACCCUGCCCAGCCUUGAUGCUCCCUACCCUAUGUUGGUGCUGACGGGACCCCUGGCCUGCUGGAAACGAGAACUUUGCCACAGGCUCUGUAGAAAGUUCAACAACUACUUCAGAUACAGUCCCUGCCACACCACAAGGGGUGCUUAUUUUGGAGAAGAAAACCGAUUAGACUACUAUUUUGUGUCCCAGGAGGAGUUUGACAAAAUGGUGAAUAUGGGGAAAUUCAUUGCAACUUUCAAAUACAGUGGCUACAGUUAUGGGCUGGGCCGAGACACGAUUGAAUCCAUUGCUCGGGAGGGCCUGGCAACCUGUGUCCAUAUGGAAAUAGAGGGUGUGAGAAGCUUGAAGAAUUCCUACUUUGAACCUCGUUACAUCCUGUUGAUCCCAGUAAACAAAGAGAAGUAUGGAGGGCACCUGCGGAGGAAGGGGUUGUUCAGUAGGCCAGAGAUCGAGGAAGCUGUCCGUAGGGUGGACAUGUACGUCAAAGUGAAUGAGGAUUUCCCAGGGUUCUUUGAUGCGGUCAUCAGUGUUGAUGAUUAUGACGAAGCCUUCACCAAGCUGAGCCACCUCAUUGAAGAAUUCCUGGGACUGAUACAGCCUUCAGAGUCUGAGAUCACCGUUCCUGUACCCAAUAACAAUCUGCUUUCAGUUCCUAGCAAGACAGCCUCAGCAGUUCAGAAAGCAGCAAGUGGUGUCAAAGGAACUGAUGGAGUAGUACCAUCACCCACCCCCGAUGAGUUCAUGGACUGCUCAUCCAGAAACUACUCUUCCAGAAUAUCAGCCAAACUUUCAGCAGAGAAAACAGAAGUGGAAGAGACUUCUCUGCAGAGACGGCAACACACCGCACGGCAGGGACUCAUAGGGAAAGCCGCUAGUUCGUACCUCCAGCUGUUUCAAAGGGAACCUGCCAGUACCCCUGAGGCAACUGUGUCCCGCUCACGCUUUCUGGAACCCGCAUCGUACAACCCCAUGAUGUCUAGCAGCACCCUCACCCCCAGACGCAGCUUCCCACCCGCUAGCCCAGACCCAAGUGCCAAAGAGUCACGAGCUGCAACCAGACUCUCCUUGCUCUCAGCCGGACCAUUUUCUUCCAGCGGUUCAUCUUCCCGGACGCCAGUGGCCUUCAAUGUUCCAUCAGCUGAUGAGACCAAUGGUGAACAGGCAGACGGGAAAGAAUUGGACCACCCUCCCAAGACAAAAGAGAAAAAGAAACAGAAGCCCCAAACCACUUCCUCUCACAUACCCCAAGUGAUCGUCCGUCCAGGUUCCAACACCAAACCCGUGCUCCCGCCCAUCCCAUCAGGGCGGAAAAAGAACAAGCCCUUGGUAUCGGAGAGCCAUGUUUCCCCUUCCUUCUUGCCUGUCCCAAAGCCUUAGCUGGAGCCAGUUCCACAGCUUCUCCCCUUCAAAGGAGAAUCUGCGCAAGAAUCUUCCAUUUCCAGAUAUCCUUGAAUAGCUCCUCUUUGUUGAAAUCCUGUCCACAGUCCAUGAAGAACAACCUUCUCAGUGAGUAGGUUGUGCGUAAAAGGCUUCCGUGUUUUUGUGGUUCUGUGGCGCCAUGGAGCUGGUCCAGGAGCCAUCCUGGGUGGGUGGUGGCCACUCUUUUGACUUUUUGUACAUCCUGGCUUUCCCUACGAAAGCCAGGAUGAAAGACGCAUCUCCCUCUUGGACAUGUCAGCAUUUCUCUUCAGCUCUAACCACCUGACAGGUCAUCUGUCGCUGUUCUCUGGGUUUGGGGCUUCACUGAGGGGUCGUUUGUAGUCUAUUAAUUAUGUUGCUAUUUAGAACUCUAUAUUUCCUUCCUCUCACAGGAAAAAAAAGUUACUUCUUGUUUCACUAUAAAAUAAUUGACAGGC